AUGUUCCUUUUGGGUGCUAGCGGCAGGCGAUGCCGGGUUAAGGCAGGAGGACAUCCUGAAGCCGAAGGACAGCCGGAAAGGCCAGUCUGCCUUUGUCCGCAGGCCGAUGAGCGAGGCAGCGAGCCUGGACAUUUGCGACGAGACUCCUCUUCCCGCGGUCGCAGCUGUUCUUGCAACGCCCAAGAAGACUCACAUGGCGCGCCUCCUUCGCGCGGCGUUUUCCCUUCGCCCGGCGAUUUUUCGACUCGGCAUCUUCAAGAGAUGGGUCCGCCGCGAAGGCUCCUUGCCAUCGGAUGCCCCUCCAGCAGCCUUGCGGAGGUCAUGAAUGAAGAGCAAUGCACUGUGGCCAGCAUUGAUCGAAGCGACCGGGGGAGCUACGCUGGACAGCCCACCUCCAUUGAUGCCUUUCUGGUGCUCGGCGAGUGUUCUUCCAUGGCAUUCAUGAUCUACGGCGGGCUCCUGGGCGGUUUGGGCGGCAUGGGCAUCGGCACGCUUGCGAUUAUUGGCCUCGUGCUGAUUUGCUGGCCGAUCGCAGCUUGCAAGGUGCUGACCAGAAGAUGUCGGCGCUGCUGCUGCUCGUGCUGCAGAGAGGGCAAGGAAAUCCGAAAGAUAGGAAAUGUCAAGAAAGUGGUGAUUCUGCUGCUCUCUGCUGGCUUGGCCGGCAUGGCAGCCUUGCCGAUGGCAGGGCUCCUCGGGGAUCUGAAGGCCACCGGUGCCCAGGACGCCGACUGCGCCGCCAGGUCCUUCCUGCAGUCCGCCUUGGGCGACAUUGCUGGCAUCGGACAAGGUCAGAGUCAGGCGUUUGAUUCAAACUCCACGAGGAGGUUGCAGGCUUCGGCUUCCUUCCUGGGCCUGGUGACGGCUCAGCAGCAGGCGCAAACGUUGUCUUCAGCAGUCUCCUCCUUGGCAACAGCAGCGGCGCAGGCGGCCGGCCAGGAUGGCGGCGCGGCGGGGCAGAUCCAGGAGUCCGUGGCCCUCUUGAGGCAGAUGCAAGAUGGCCUCAGAAGCCAAAUCACCGUGCAGGGCAGCAAGUGCGAGUUCUGCGAGCUUUGCUGUGGCACGCAGGCCGGUGCGUGGGUGCCAGACCUUCUUGUACAACUGGAGGGUGGUGACGUCAACUCCGUCGUCACGCUCAGCAGCGACUUUCAGGGGCAGCCUGGUUCUCGCAUCAGCGGUUUGGGAGAUGCGGCCACACUGGCAGGUGGUGCCAUGGGCAUGUUGCAGUCAGCGGUGGAAGCCGGUCCCGCCCCGGCACUGGUGCUCGGCUCCGCCUUCUUGGAUGACCCCAUGCGCGAGCUUCUGACCAUGGUCUUCGAGUUUGGAGCCGUACCGCUGGCUGGGAUUGGUUUGGUCUUCAUCUUCUACAGCCUCCACUGGUGCUGCUGCCUGCGUAGGUGCGGGGGGUGCCUGGGGGCUCUGCUGGGGGCGGCCUUGGGCCUGCUCGCCUUUGCGGCCGCCGCGCUGGGCCAAGAGCUCUGCAUCAUGAUGGAAACCGUUGGGACGGAGGAGGGUCUCAACAGGUAUGGUGGACUUGGCUUGGCCAACACCCAGGAUCCCCAGGCAGUGACUGCCCGGACCGCGUCUUUGGCUUGCAUGAGCUCGAGCUCGACUGCUCGAGACCUGUACCCCUUGCUCGGGCUGUCAGUGCCGGUGCAGGGGCUACAGGAGAUGCAGACGGAGCUGGCGGCGGUGCUGGCCAUGGACUUCGGCCCCGUGCUGGCCCAGUACCAAAACCUUGACACCCAGGCCCAGGCCAGGGCGGCGGAUUUCACGCCCGCGGUGGGCGAUGCCAGCGCGCAGGACUUCACCUGCUACACCUGGGUCUCCUCGUCCCAGGUGUCCAGCAACGCCUGCGACCUGGCGACGUUCCAAGCCAACAUGCGGAGCCUGGCCCAGCUCGCGCUGCAAUCCGGGCAGGGCAUCUCGACUGCUCUCACUACGAUGAGGUCGUCCUGGCCCAGCAUGCAGACCCAGCUGCAGGCAGUCGCAAGCCACCAGAGCCUCAGCGACCUACAGAGUGGCUUAGACUGCCAGGAGGUCUUCGAUGCGUGGCAAGUGGCGCAAGACCAGGUGUGUGCAGGAGUGGCAGAAGCCAACGCCACUGGCGGCUUUGGCUGGCUGCUUGCUGGUGCCUGUGGUUUCGUGGGCGCUCUUGGCCAGUACUGGAUCUGGCGGAGCCUGAAGGACAACCGAGCGCUCUUCCUGGAUGAGCACGAGGACUUGAAGCCCAAAGGCAUUCGUCGCUUGGGCUGCUUCUGUGCGACAUCUUUGGGAGAUCUGGAGACAGGCCAGGCGCAAGAGGAGGCUCCCGAGCCAAGCCAAAGUCCUGGUCGUGCCAAAGGGGCCAAAGGCGCCAAGAACGAUGUGGCCAGCAAGCGCCUCGUCGAGCGCUUCGAGGCAGCUGCGGUGUCGGAGAAUGCACAAGCCUAUUUACGCGAAGAGUUCUAUCCAGCCUAUGAUCUGCUCUUUUGCCAACUUGCGGUCGGCGAGCGUGUGGCCGCGUGGAAGGGGCUCGAAAAGGAGAAGGAAAGCCGAGGCGAGGCGCCAGCGGCUCCGCCGGGGGACGCGCCAGCGGAUCCAAGGUCGCUGCUGGAAGGCCUCGGACCGCCGGGGCCCGACGGCGUGCCGACCACUGAUGCGGAUGGCAACAAGUUGGACAAGAAGACCAUGGCCCGAUUGAAGAAGGACUUGUCCUUGCUCCAGAAGCCGUGGGACAAGUGGCAGAAGGACAAGGCCAAGUACGAGGCCUACCUCCUAUCGCAGAUCCGGAAGCACUGCUUGGAGCGAUUCGCAGAGGUGCACUACACGGAGGAACUGGAACACCUGCGGCCCUUGUCUCCCACCUCAAGGGAGCCCUUGGUGGUGGUGGUCCAGGAGGUCCCCGAGGACCUGGAUAGGGCCGUCUGGUCCGAUGAGCUUCUGCAAGUCUCCGCUGGGCAGGUGGACUUAAAGGUUCGGAAGGAGAAGGCCAUGCUGAAGAAGCUGAAGGGUUUAGAGGAGCGAUGCUUCAAGUCGAGCCAUGUCCAAGACCCGCUGAUGAACAAGCUGCUGGCGCUGUGCGACGAUGCUGACAUUUGGGAGGGCGUGAAAAUCCAAGCCAAAAAGAAGAAGCCGAAAGCUCCAAAGGAGCCGCAGGCGCCGAAAGGUUUAGUGGACCCUGCAGAGCUCUUCCGCUCCGGCAAGCACGAGGGGAAGUACGGGGACCUGGACGAGCGCGGUGUGCCACUGACCAAUGCCGACGGCAGCGAGUUGAACGAGAAGCAGAAGAAGUCCUUGACCAAGGAAUUCGAGGCCACCAAGAAGAAGUGGGACGCCCACCAAGCGGCGCUCGCAAAGUACACCCGGGACUUGGCGCUGUUCGAAAAGCAGCAGGACGGCGACGACGGGAGCGUGCCGCCCGAGCAGAAGAGCGCCGCCUGCGAGGCCGCCGCCGUGGAGCUGCUGCGUGGCUUGCUGGGGCGGCUGGUGGCGGAGCACGCGGCGGAGUUGGCUCAGGAGGUGAACCAAGGCGCCCGCGACCCCGAGGAGCUGGCUGCUCUCACGGUAAAGGUGACCCUGGAGCAUGAGGACAAGACCACGGAUCCUGUGCUCAAGGCCUUGAAGACGGUGGACAAGAAGAAGCGCAGCGGAAAGACCCAGAUGGAUGAGCUGGGGGAUGUCUUCCGACUGCUGAAGGAGGACGAGCUCCAGGUGGGUACACACGUUUGUUUUGGCAGCAUCACCGAAGAGGAGAGAUCGACUUCGUGGCAAUGUGCCUGGACUGCCCGGAUGGCAUUGAUCACGAGGAGAGCUGAAGGCGUUCGUGGAGAACCGGGACCUGGAGCUGCAGAACGGGCGGCCCAGCUCGUUGGCCGGGUGUCUGGUGGCCAUGCGCCUGGAGAGCUUCAAGAAGGCGGGGGGUGCUGA